CCUGCUCAUUGGGCUUAUUAAGCUGCGAUGUGGCACAGGCAACAUUUUCUGUUGUUGACUGAAGCCAUGGCAGCUUUUUGGGCCUUGUCUUUCUGUGCGCUGACUGUCUGGCUAACCAAAGGCUCUUGUUUGCCUGAUGGUGGCACAAAUGAAAGAAGCAAUGCCCUGCUGAGGAGACAGAGAGAGCUGUCUCCCAAUGAGAUCUCCAUAAAGAAGGAUCUUGCACGUCUCCAAUCGGAUGAUUCCACGUUGCUGCAAGCUUAUAAAGAAGUGCAACUGGAAACCAAUGAAGUGGAAGUUGAGGCAUUAAUUUUCUACCUGAAAGGAAGCAAAGUUGACAGCAGCAUGGUCACGGCAUCUGACAGCCUCCCCGGUGGCAGCAUCGGUGCAGGUGGCAAUGUGACGGCCUCUGACGGCCUGCCCGGUGGCAGCAAAGGUACCGGGAGCAACGUCACGGCCUCCGACAGCCUGCCCGGUGGCGGCAAAGGUACCGGGAGCAACGUCACGGCCUCCGACAGCCUGCCCGGUGGCAGCAAAGGUACUGGCAGCAACGUCACGGCCUCCGACAGCCUCCCCAGUGGCAGCAAAGGUGUCAACGUGACAGCGUCCGACAGCCUCCCCAGUAGCAGCAAAGGUGCUGGUAGCAAUGUGACGGCCUCCGACAGCCUGCCCGGUGCCAGCAAAGGUACCGGGAGCAACGUCACGGCCUCCGACAGCCUGCCCGGUGGCGGCAAAGGUACCGGCAGCAACGUCACGGCCUCCGACAGCCUCCCCGGGGGCAGCAAAGGUGGCAACGUGACAGCGUCCGACAGCCUCCCCAGUAGCAGCAAAGGUGCUGGUAGCAAUGUGACGGCCUCCGACAGCCUGCCCGCUGCCGGCAAAGGUACCGGCAGCAACGUCACGGCCUCCGACAGCCUCCCCGGUGGCAGCAAAGGUGCCGGCGGCAACGUCACUGCCUCCGACAGCCUCCCCGGUAGCAGCAAAGGCAGCAAAGGUGCCGGCAGCAACAUGACGGUCUCCGACAUCCUCCCCGGUGGCAGCAAAGGUGGCAACGUGACGGCGUCCGACAGCCUCCCCGAGCUGUCUCCCAAUGAGAUCUCCAUAAAGAAGGAUCUUGCACGUCUCCAAUCGGAUGAUUCCACGUUGCUGCAAGCUUAUAAAGAAGUGCAAGUGGAAACCAAUGAAGUGGACGUUGAGGCAAUAGGUUUCAACCUGAAAGGCAGCAAAGUUGCCAGCAGUAUGGUCACAGCAUCUGACAGCCUCCCCGGUGGCGGCAACGGUGCCGGCAACAAUGUGACUGCCUCCGACAGCCUCCCCGGUGGCAGCAAAGAUGCCGGCGGCAACGUCACUGCCUCCGACAGCCUCCCCGGUGGCACCAAAGGCAGCAAAGCCUCCCCAGUAGCAGCAAAGGUGCUGGUAGCAAUGUGA